AGUUUGCAGGAGCUGCUCAGGAUGGUGGAGGAAGCAGUGCUUGCCAGUCUCAUACUGCCAGGACUGAAAACAUGCAGGCAAAGUGAGGCAGCACCAUGGCAAGUAACAGAGAGCUUCGUCGUGUGAUCCAGGACUUAAAAAGUACAGUGACUGAUUUAAACAAGAACUACCAAGAGCAAGGGCUGCCGGUGACAGACGGGAGUUGGGAGCUGCAUCAGUUCUGUGCCCAGCUGGAGUUUCUGCUGCAGUAUGAUCUGAAAGAGAAGAAAAGCCUCUUUGGGCAGAGGAAGGAUUAUUGGGACUUCCUAUGCUUGGUCCUGACAAAGCUGCAUAGUGGUGCACAUGCAGGGGUGCAACACAUCAUUUCCCUUGAUAAGCUGAAAACAGCCGUGGGGAAGGGCCGUGCAUUCAUUCGUUAUUGCCUGGUCCAUAAGCAGCUGGCUGAGACAUUGCAGCUUUGCUUCUUGGAGACAACGGUCACCAGUGAAUGGUACUAUGCACGCAGCCCCUUCCUGGACCAAGAACUGUGGCUGGACAUCUUGGGCUCUCUCUAUGAACUGGAUGGCAUUGCUUUCCAUCUGGCACUCUGCAGAGCAGACCUGGAUGCCACAUGGCCUAUGGUCGUAGGGAUUUUGCCAGACUAUCCCAAGCCAGCCGCUGUGCACAGCCAGGUGAAGAAGGCGUCCUCCCAGGUUGGCAACUCAAAUAGAGAUCAUGAGAGCCAUAAAGAAGUAAGAGAAGAUGAUGGGAAUCCUCCAGGAAUAAAGGAGCACUAUGUCAUUCAGUCCACUGCUGAUAGCCUAUUCAAGCCUGGACUGGAACAUUCAGUGGAAAAAUGGAUUGGAGUCUGGAGAAGAAGAAAGAACAGUCUGCUUCAGAUGAGUUCCCUCCUAAAACUGAGUCCUUUUAUGGAAAGAGAUGCCCCGCAUUCUAUCAACGAGAAACCUGUGGAAGGGCAAAGGGCAAAGGUUGAAAAGGAGCAGCCAGACAAUGUCUCUUCUACCAAGGAACUGGAGCCCCUGCUACCAGAACACUGUCUUUGCAGAAAGACAACGAGACCACCUCAGGGGACCACUGAAGUUGUCAGCCAGUGCAAACAAAAGGACUUGGGAAUACUGAUGUGGGAGCUUGGGGCUUUACAACAGAAGAUGUCCCAGCAACAAGAGGAGAGCACACACACGAGACAAGCCCUUUCUGAGGAAAACUGGGCUCUGAAAGAAGAUCUGGCAAAACUUGAAACACAACACAGAGAGAAGAUGGAGGAGCAGGAAAAACAGCAGCAGGAAUUGGCAAAGGCCAUAGGAGCCCUCAGAGAGGCGGAACAUAAGAUUGCUAAUCUGUCCGGUGACUGCCAGGAGGCCUGGGCCAAGAAAGAUGCUGCUGAGAGGUCUCUGGAGGAGGCAGAACGACUGCUGAGUUCUCAGGAAGUAGAAAGGAGAAAGCACCUGGCGGAUAUUGAGGCUCAAGAGUUGAGGAGUCAGCUACUGACAUCUCGAUGUCAAGGGCUGCAGGAGAAACUGAAGGCAUGUGAAGAGAGUUUGAAGAAAUGGGAAGCUCAGGCAGUGGCCCUGCAAAGCCCACAUGGCCAUCUGGAAACAACUGAGGAGCAUCUACAAGAGGUGACUUGCAGACUAGCAGAAAGGGAAGAACAUUCAUCUGUGCUUGAGAAAGAACUCCUAAGGGAGAAGUUAGGGAGAAGCCUUGGUGAGAUAGAGACCCUGGAGAGGGAGAAGGAGAGACUUAUGGAAACUCUGGUCUCUCAGAAACAGAGUUUGGUGUUUUCAAAACUAGAAAUUAAGGAUCUUCAGAAGGAGCUAUCAGCAUCUCAAGAGCUUGUUGUAACCCUUCAGAGUUCUUUGAAGGAGCAGGAAAAGGCCUUGAGGAAAAGGGAAGAAGUAGCUCAGAGCUUGCAAGGACACUUAAAUAACCAAUUAGCUGAGUUACAGAAGGCCCUGGGGAAAAACACUAGACUGAAAGGGGAGUUGGAGGAAAUGGCCCACAAGAACUCUGAAAUGGAAGCACAAGAUAGCGAGAAGCAAGUCAGAUGGGAAAGAAAUUUGCAUGAACUGAGUAGCCGACUGGGAACUUUAGAAAAGGAGGUGGCCAAGCUGCAAGGGGAGAAGCAGAAUCUCCAAGGUGCAUUAAGACAAGCCCUUGAAGAAAAAGAGGCCUUGGAAAAGCAAGUUCAGAGCACUGCUGCCUCCAUGGAGACACGUACCCAGGAGGCCACACUGCUGAGAAACGAAUUGGAGGAGCUGACUGUCACCAGCCAAACACUACAGAAAGUUUUGAAGGAGAAAAAUGAAACUAUGGUCUCAGACCUAAAACAAGAGUGUCUGAAGUUUAGAAACCAAGUGGAACAAUUGGAGCUUGAGAAAAUGCAAACUAUUAACAUAGCAGAGAUGCUGAGCGCAGAGUUGAAACAAUGUUGGGAGUUACCAACAGAAGAUGUUACUCAGCAGAAGGCAUCGCUGGCUCCUUUGAUCACUGAGCUGCAUCUAACAUCUGAGACCAGAAGUAAGGAAGUCAAGGGCCUUGCCAAUGAGAGGAGCGUUAUAGAAAGAAACAGCCAUGGAUUAGCAAAGUCACCGCAGGCAGAAAAAGGAGUGCUUCAGGUGGAUGUACUUCAAGGCUGGGAAACAGCUGUCAAGGAGGACACCAGCACUAAGUGCAAAAUGGAAAUCCACGGGAAGCAUCUGACUAGCCACCUGGACGAAAUGAGGGAUGGGGUACAGAAGGCAAAGCAAAUGCUAGUGGCCAAGGAGAAAGAGACGAAAUACCUCACACAGCAGCUGAGCUGGUCUCAACAGGACAAGCAUCAGGUGCAACAGCUGCUGAAGAAAAUGCAACAAGAAUUGCAGGAAAAGGAAAAGAAAUACCAAGGGGAGCUGUCAGAAAAAGGGGAACUCAUCUGCAGCUUGAAGGGAAGGCUGGUGGAGCUACUGCGAGAGAAGGAUGUCCUCUGGCAGAAGACUGAAGGCAUCACCUCCUCGACUGCAUGUUCAGCUCCUCAGAUCUCAGGGACGUGUGCUCGCUGCAAAAAAGAUUUCAGGCUCACAUCACGCCGAUACCAGUGCAGGUUAUGCCACAGCACUGUGUGCCAUGCUUGCUCAGUGAGCAGUGGACACAGGGAACGCUGCUGCCUUCUGUGCUAUCAGAAGAAAAAUGACCAAGGCACUGGACCAUAGGUUGUAAAGCUGUCAUGUUCCCUCACAUGUGACUCAUCCAGUAAACAGCCUCUUCCCCAAAAUGCCACUUGAGAUUUGGCUCCAUUUGGGGCAGGCAUGUUUGCAGGUAAAUCAAGAAGGACACAUGGCAAGAAUCAGGAAUGUGGCAAUGAUAAUAAGAAACCAGUUAAAAAUUAAAUUGAAAUCAAGGAUAAUCCUCCUGAAUAUCAAGGACAAAUGAGUGGCACUCUUUCUCAGGCCAAACACUACUAAUUAAAAGUCUGUUUUUAGCUGACAUUUCUAUGAGCAAUGUAGUCAGCCUCCCAGAUGCUGCCCAAAUCCAUGGCCUCUCAAUGGCUUUUUAGCCCCUAUAUUUCUCAGACCUCAUUUAAGAGACCGUCUGCACUGACAGACAUAAUACCACCACUUGGCUAGGAAAAGCGUAAAUUGCAAAGGACAACUGGAACAACUGGGGAAGCAGGCAUAUAUAUAGAUUUGGCAAAGACUGAGUGUAAAUGAGAACAACUUCAUAAGAUCCCACCUAUUCUCUCCCAUGCAUGUUUAUCAGCAGGAGCCAUAGCAGGAAAGGAGAGAAUUUUUUCCAGUCAAUAUUUGCUCACACCCACUUGCUAAGCUAGCCCAUGGAAGCCCAUGUUGCACCCUAUAAGCCUAGCAAAAACUUGGUGUGAACUUAGAAGAUUAGGGGGUGGGAUAAGGGAAGGGAACAGUUUUGGCAGCUGUUACCUACCAGUUCCUACAUUUUUAUUGUUAAGAACUGGAAAAAUAUUGUAAAACUGGGCUGUCAUAAUUUAAUCAUGUAAUUGCUGUGAAAAAUGAUGAAAUGGUUAUUUAUCAGAAGGAUAUUUAU